CUCACCAGUCACCACUGGCCAGUUUCUCGUCUGGCUUUCUCUUUCUCGUCAGAUUCUGAGACACAAAGUCGUUCUUCUUCUAAAAUUACUUUCUUUCACUCUCUCUCAAUGGUUUAUACAUCUUCUUCUUCUUCGAGCUCCUCUCGCAAUUGGGUAUAUGAUAUCUUUCCCAGUUUCAGAGGCGAAGAUGUCCGCAAAAACUUCGUCUGUCACUUUAUAAAAGAGCUUGAUCGGAAAUUGAUUACUGCAUUCAAAGACAAUCAAAUCGAGAGAAGCCGAUCGCUCGAUCCUGAGCUUAAACAAGCGAUUAGGGAUUCACGAAUAGCGGUGGUCGUGUUCUCUAAAAACUACGCUUCUUCGAGCUGGUGUCUUGACGAGUUGCUGGAGAUCGUUAGAUGCAAGAAAGAGUACGGUCAAUUGGUGAUUCCAAUUUUUUACCGUUUGGAUCCUUCACAUGUGAGGAAACAGACCGGCGAAUUUGGGAAGAUCUUUGAGAAGACAUGUCAACACAAAACAAAGCAAGUGCAAAAUCGAUGGAGCCGAGCUUUGAGUCAUGUUUCCAAUAUCCUUGGUUAUCAUUCUGUGACCUGGGAAAAUGAAGCAAAAAUGAUUGAAGAAAUAACGAAUGAUGUUUUGGGUAAAUUGAAUAUAACUCCAUCAAAGGAUUUUGAUGACUUUGUUGGAAUGGAAGGUCAUAUAGCAGAGAUGAGUUCACGGUUGUGCUUAGAAUCCGAGGAAGUUAGGAUGGUAGGGAUAUGGGGUCCCUCUGGAAUUGGCAAGACUACCAUUGCGAGGGCUCUCUUUAAUAGACUCGCUCGUCACUUCCGAGGUAGCAUUUUCAUAGACAGGUCUUUCUUGUGUAAGAGUACGAAAAUUUAUAGUAAAGCCAACCCGGAUGACUAUAACAUGAGGUUGCAUUUGCAAAGCAAUUUCCUCCCUGAAAUUUUAGGCCAAAAGCACAUCAGAAUAGAUCACUUGGGUGCAGUGAGAGAGAGGCUAAAGCACCAGAAAGUUCUUAUUCUUCUUGAUGAUUUGGAUGAUCAAGUAGUGUUAGAUACCUUGGUUGGACAAACACAGUGGUUUGGACGUGGGAGCAGAAUUAUUGUGAUUACGAAAAAUAAGCAUCUCCUUAGGGCCCACGGGAUUUGUUCUUUUUACGAGGUAGGCCUACCAUCCGAUCAGCUAGCUCUAGAGAUGUUCAGCCGGUAUGCUUUCAGGCAAAACUGUCCUCUUCCUGGUUUUAUUGAGUUCUCAGUUGAAGUUGCAAAACUUGUGGGCAAUCUUCCUUUGGGUCUUAACAUCUUGGGUUCGUACUUGCGAGGGAGGAUCAAGGAAGAUUGGAUCCAUAGACUGCAUAGGCUGCGGAAAGGUCUGAACAAACAAAUUGAGGAAGCACUAAGAGUUGAAUACGAAGGGUUAGGUAGCAGGAAAGAUAAGGCGAUAUUCCGUCACAUCGCAUGUCUAUUCAAUGAAGUGGAAAUCAAUGACAUCAAACUGCUGCUCGAAGAUAGUGACUUAGAUGUUAUUACUGGUCUUCACAACCUACUUGAUAAUUCCCUAAUACACGAAAGACGGAAAACUGUGCAGAUGCACUGUUUGGUACAAGAAAUGGGGAAGGAAAUGGUACGUAUACAGUCAAAGAACCCUGCGAAACGGGAAUUCCUCGUGGACUCAAAGGAUAUUUACGAUGUACUUAAUGGUAACGCUAAUGCUGAAAAAGUUAAGGGUAUAUCAUGGAAUCUAGCAGAUCUAGAUGAGUUGCACAUCCAUAAGAGAGCUUUUGAAAGGAUGAAAAAUCUCGAUUUUAUAAGAAUCUACGAUGAUUCAUUGGCAUUGCAUAUACAAGAAAAAUUGCACUUCCCACAAGGGCUCGACUAUUUACCCCCUAAACUAAGAUUUCUUAGUUGGGACGGAUACCCAAUGAGAUGUUUACCUUCUAACUUUCUUCCUGAACAUUUGGUUGUGCUGAGAAUGCGGAACAGCAAGCUAGAGAAGCUGUGGAACGGAGUUCAUUUGCCUAGAUUACUCGAGGAUAUGGAUAUGGAGGGGUCUAGUAACCUGACAGAACUCCCAGAUCUAUCAUGGGCGCCCAAUCUGACGACACUGAAUCUCCGCAAUUGUCCAAGUUUGGCGGAGAUACCUUCAUCUAUCAUGAAUCUCCAUUGCCUGAAGACAUUGACUCUUGAAGAUUGCACGAGUUUGGUGUCUCUUCCAGUCAACAUCGACCUGAUAUCUCUCUAUCGACUUGAUCUCAGUGGAUGCUCACGGUUUAGUAGAUUUCCUGAUAUCUCGAGGAACAUCUCAUUUCUCAUUCUAAACCAAACAGCGAUCGAAGAAGUUCCUUGGUGGAUCAAUAAGUUUCCUAAGCUCAUAUGCAUUGAAAUGUGGGAAUGCACAAAGUUAAAAUAUAUAUCCGGAAACAUUUCUGAGCUGAAACUCCUUGAGAAAGCUGACUUUUCAAACUGCGAGGCACUUACCAAAGCUAGCUGGAUUGGCCGUACAACUGUGGUAGCAAUGGUGGCAGAAAAUAAUCACACUAAGUUACCAGUGCUCAAUUUCAUCAACUGCUUCAAGUUAGAUCAAGAAACUCUCAUUCAACAAUCAGUUUUCAAGCACCUGAUCUUGCCAGGUGAAAAAGUGCCUUCAUAUUUCACAAACCAAGCUACCGGAAACUCUCUAGUUAUCCAUUUACUUCAGAGCUCUUUCUCUCAAGAAUUCUUAAGAUUUAGAGUUUGUCUCGUGGUUGAUGCUGACAAACCUAACCGCUCUGAGAAUGGCUCUAUUGCGUCUACCUGGGUAAGUUGUCACUUUACAUGCAAAGAUGGAAACUGUUAUGGUUCGGCUGAUUCUCGAAUAGCCAUUGACUUGCCACGUCAGAUAGAUAAUCAUUUGAUUAUAUUCGACUGUCAUUUCCCACUAAGCAAAGACAAUGGUUCUCUAGUUAAUCUGAAUUACGAUCAGGUGGAUUUAGAGUUUCAUUUCGCCAGUGACCCUUUGUGCAAAAUAAAAGAAUGUGGUAUACGGCUUUCUGAGGUUUGUCCAUCCCCGGAGUACCGACCGUGUAAUCUAAAUGUUCGUGCACAUGUUUGGGAAGGCAAUGAGAACAAAGCUGAUAGUGAUCUAGACAAUGAGACUGAAAACGGUGAAGAGACAGAGAGAAGCAGGAAACGAAUCAAGAUAACGUGAAGGAUUAAUCAAAAAAAGCCAAACUACAAGAAACGCAGGAUACCACGUUUAACCUUCUGCUGCAAGUUUUGAGAUUCCGUAAAGCCCUGGUGAGAUUUUCGCUUCAGAAUCCUCUGUCAACAUUAAAUGCAUACUCUAGGCCAUUUUAAGUUCACUUGUAAGUCAGAGCUUUUUGUCACUCUUAAGAUUGGCAGUCAUCUGUUAAUUUAUAACUGUCCUUUCGAUAUAAACAAAGACUAUGAUCACUUGGAUAUAGAGUUUAGUACUUGUGAGAGCUAAAUAAAACGAUGCGGUAUAUGUCCUCCCUUCUGAUAACUGAUGUUUGUAAUCAUAUAAUAUUUGCAAAUGUUUAUGAAGCGGAUUAAAGUAAUUUCUUUGGAAGCCAUACUGCCAUAUUGAUUAUAGUGACUGUCUCUCCACAGCCUGUCAAGAAGUUUUCAGGUAAUCGAAAAAUCUCGCAAACACAUCUCAUUAUUUUAUAAUAAAACAUCAAUUGUGAGAUUCUGCAUAUGAACAUAUGCUUAAAAGAAUCUCUAAAUGAAGUUUCCAGCACUAUUAUUAAUGCAGACUGCAGUUCCAAUAUGGUUCUUGGCCUCCUCUCAUUGUCCUCUUUUUCCUCUCUUGCUAUGCUAUUAUCUUAAUUAGGAUCUUUGAGCAGAUUGUUUUAAGUCUACUAUAUCACCAGUAGUUUUUGUUUGUUCAAUUUUUACUCUAUUAUAAUGUUCUUAAGUUAUUUGUCUUCUCUUCUCUUUCUUAACCUGUUACAUAUUUCUGAGAUUUUCACUAGAAGAAACGAUCUGUUAUUCUGAAAACGUUUUUGCCUUCACUAUUGAACCAGUUGGACAACAUACAGUCAGGUGGUUUUGUGCAUUUCUCAUUGCAGAUGUGGGGGCUGUAGAAACUAAGCAAACACACGAGAUCACUUCCAACUGAUCUGUGUUAGUUAAAAAUGUCCAAAAGCUUUAAAUAAAGAUGCUAGAGUUACAGUGAAAUUCCUGAAGAAGUCUCAAUAUGUCAGAUGAUUUCCAGGCUUUCUAAGCAAUAGAGUUUGCAGGAGGGACCUUGAUUUAUAAUUUUUUUCGUAAAAGCCAUUGUAGCUGUAAUGCCAUACCUGCUUUACUAAGAGAAGAGCAAAGACAAAAAGCUCAGGCUUGGUGUUGCUUUAAAACGCUUUUUGUGCUAGUACAAUGCAGCAUAUUACAUGAAGAGAUGUUUGCAUUUUCCCACGCUGUUACCUUAAUUUUUUUAGUAAGUUCAACAACACAUUCUAUAAAGAUUAUAACAAAAAAUAGGUGGUAUAUGGGUUCUUUAUGCUUUGAUGUUUUCAAAUACAUAUGAAUAUUUAAGAAGGCCAGUAGUCUUAUAGCUACAUGAGUUUUAUUCUGCUUAUAAGUCAAGCUUCAUGUUACAUUUUGUUUGGAAUGUUCUGAAGUUUUCUUUUCUUUUACCAUGGUGGAUAUAGCCAUACAUGGUUUUCUCUCAAUCUAUUACUGAAAUUAUUAGCAAAAAUUUCUUUUUAUUCUUAAUGCCGAUUAGGUUAUUUCUUACAUUUUUUGCAGAGAUAUGAUGUGCAUGUGAUUGAUCUAAACAAAGUUGCUAAGGUCAGAAAGGGUGGCAUAGUAGAAAGGUACACUGCAUUGAUGGUAUCAUUAGGUAUGCAAAAGCAAAUGCUGUGACUGGCCAGUCUGCAAUGCAGAAGGCGUACGGGAAAUGUUUUCAGAAUCUUCAUUAUGUAGAGCGUCAUGAAGAGCACACUAUUGCACACGCAAUACAGACUUCUUACAAGAAAAAAAAAAGUUAUAUACAUAUGGCAUGUACCAACAACAACGGGAAAGAAAGCUAAGAGAGUUGUCCAAACAAUCUUUUGCUCCUAGCUGAUUUCAAGAACAUCAAAUCAAAGGCGAUUGGUUCAAGGAAUUCAUACAAAACAGGUUAGGCAGUUUUGAAGUCCUUGAAUGGGGUGAGUGGUCGAAACCCCAACGGCUGGUCAAUAGAAGUCAAGAAAUAUCUGCUGUGAAAGCUGCUGCGUUCAUGCCUUAUGGUAUGUAGUGUUGAGUUUUGGAUGAAAAUCCAAUGUUUGGUUUUAGAUUAGUAGUGUGUUUCUUACAUCACAAUUCACAACCGAAUUCAUCCUUUACGGUCUUGGUGAAAAAUAAAGUAGUUAAGAAUACACUAUGGCUUCACCAAUUACACUUAGUUUUGGGUUAUGGUUCUCGUGCUCUUUUUUUUUUUUGGUGUGAAGUUCUCGUGCUCUUGUUAGAAACGUUAUUUGAUCUGAUUGUUUUUUUAUUCCCUCCAUUGAUCUGAUUGUAUUGGCACUCAAAAGUUCUAAAUUUCCUUGCAUCCAAUGAGAUCCUAAAAUUCCAAAA